GGUCUGCUGCCCCUAGAGCUCGGCAGCGGGUGGGGGCUCUCGCCUGCUCCCGCUGCCGUGGUCACGAUCCCUCCAUCUUCGGUCUCGGCGGAGAUCUUAGCUUCCUCCUCCCUGUCCCUCGGCCACCCGGCUCCGGUUUGAACUCAGCGCGGGGUCCAAACCCCUGCUGCAGUGAGGAGCGCUAGCCGGGACCGGUGUGCCAGUGUAUCACCCAGAGGGAGGGGCUGCCACGAGGAGGUGACCUGGCUGGUCAGGGCGGAAGGGCUGACAGAGAAGCCGAGAAGGUGGUGUUGUUUGCCAGGGAGGAGCGUUAGACAAAUGCCUAAAGGUUGGAGCAGAGUAGUUUGGGCAACUCCCGGGACUGAGAGGAAGGGGAAGCUGGGACGGACACUACUGCAGAGACUGGGAGGUGUCUAGGGCCAGAAUCUUGGACCCUCAGAGAGGCAGAGGCUGGGGCUGGAACCUGGAGGGGCAGGUGCGACUGUUCUGCGCACUUGCGUCCCUGGGGGCAGACACUCUACACAGCCCACUGGGUAUGUAGGUUGAUUAAUGGGCCUCCAGCGCGGUCUAAGAAAAGGCCUCCCAGCAAAAAUAAGGUCCGUGCCAGUCCAGACCAGGAAAUACCAGAGUGAGUGCCAUGCUAGGGUGCGGCUGAGGGGCCUAAAGGGUCAGGGCUGGAUGAGGGCGGAGAAGGCCCCAGUGACCCUGCUCAGGGGAAGUCUGGUGUGGACAGAGGCCAGGAAUGCAGAGAAAAGGAAGCAGGUCAGACUACUGUUCAGAUGGCCACAGGACAAUAGCUGACUCACCUGUGCACGACCCAACUUACUUGCCUGGCCUCACCCUGUCUGUGAACAUCCAGUCUACCUGUGAGACAGGAGGCUGGGCCCUCAGGAAUGCACUGUGUACCUACCUCAGUGAGUCACCCAGCAUCUCUGAACCACUUCAUUCUGGUGAGCCUGUUAGGGCCCAGAGUUAGAGGCUGGGGUCCGAGCUCUGCACUUGCUCUCCUGGACUGUUUAUGCCUCAAUUUCUCCCUUCACACAGCCUGCCACUAAGGAACCCAGAGUUGGCAAGAGGGAGACUCUAAGGAGGCCAUGUCCUUGACUAGAGGGUAAUGGGAUGGGUGGUGGGCCCAGGAUUAGCAGGGAGUGCUCUGUUACUCCACACCGCCACUUCCCUGCUCACUCAACUCUCAAACACUCCCAGCCCAGAGACUUCUGCAUCGGACUCCCAGGCCCAAGUGCAGUCUUCCGAGACCCACUUCACCAUCUCUGCUUAAUUUCUACCCUUUCCUCUGGGUGAUGAGAUUUCCUAGGGGUGGAAAUUCUUCCGGGACCACAGACCUGGAAAGCCCUGUGGAGUUAGUCAGUAUUAACCUGGGUCCGUAGGAUCCGCUCAGGUCUAGUCUAUGCUUUAGGAUGUUUGGGAUUGUGGAGCUUAAUGCCCAGGUUCUAUGCCAAAAGACGCUUCUCUCUACAGUUUGUUCUUUUGAGGGGCAACCAUGGUAGUCUGAAGUGUUUGGAUCUAGUUAGAUCUCCAUUUCAGAAAGGACCAGGGGCAAGGAUACGCUGUGACAUAACAGACCCAGAUGCUCACUUGUGGUGAAGCAGGCGAGGUUGUGGGCUGGGUACCAGGGUAGUUCAAGGUUGCAGUGAUAGACUUUAGUCUGUCAAUUUCUGGAAGCAUGGUUGAGGGCCAGGGAGGUCUGGGCCAUGUGACGCACUGUAACCCCUCAGCUGGGCUCUCCUGGUCAGUGGGAACUGACCCAGAGGCUCCCUUAUCUGUCCCCCUCGUCUUCCACUUGUGUGCAGGGGACUCUGAUAACGGUCAACAAAGAUGGGUGCAACUGGGUGUCCCAUGAUUUCCUUUUCCUGACUCUCCUUCCCACAGCCUCACCCUCCCCACCCUGCCCCAGCAGGAAAGGUGGGGCGGGAAUGCUUUGGCCCAGGAUCAGGGCCAGAGUCCUGAGGUUCCUGCCCUCCUCUCUUCUGGAGCCAAUUCUCUGGGAGUCCUGGGUUCUGCCAGAGAUUUGUGGUGCCCCUGUAGCAUCUUUGGGGUGGAUUCAGGAAGACUGAUCCCCCUCCCAUUUACUGGGAUCUGCCCGAUAUCCCCUGCCCAUCCUCAACUGUCCUGACGACAUCUCUUGCCUUACCCAGGUCUGCUAAUCUAAGUGUUUCAGAGUGUAAGGACUAGGCAGAGUGAAGACACUAACUCCACCCUGAGGCAUCUGUCAGAUCAGGCCAUUUGGACAGAUGAUCAUCCUUGCCAACUGAGGUUUGACCUGCUGAGUCUGACGUUUGGUCUGCGGUUACCUUGCUCUGAAGCCUUCCAUGUCUUCAAAGUUGAUUGAGGCCAAUUCAUGCUUGUCUUCUGGCCAAUGAAGGCCCCGUGCCUCACACCCUGGCUAUGUGUAGUUCUGAGGAGGCAGACCUGCUUCGGCUGGAGGAGUUCUUCUCAACUACCCUUGCCCGCACCAAUAGUCUCAUUCUCCAGCCGCUCUUAGCUGACCCCGAACCCUCAGACCCCUGUGGCAGAGCGUGCCUUCGACUUCUGCAGCAGCUGCACGAAAGUACCCAGCGGUUAUGGGAGGUGACGGAACAAAGCCUGCUUUCUCUGCGGCAGAGGCUGGACCACCCGUCCUCCAUGAGUCUGGAGGCCCUGCUGUUGCUGAACAACGCUGACUAUGUCCAACAGGCCCACAUGGAGUACAUCAAAUCCUAUACUGACUGUGUGGUGAUGCAGGCCUUUCAGAAGGUUUCAGAGAAGAGGAGGAAGUACUGGAAAAGCCAGCGGAAGACCCUGCAGCAGCUGCUGUUCUGGGCCAGCUCCGAGGGCUCGGUGGGCACCAUGCUGUGCCAGGCCCUCAGACAGCCACUCACCCAGCACGUGCAGAAAUACGCUCACCUCUUAAAGGCCCUCAGGAGCACCCUUGACGAGCACCACCCAGCCCAGGAGCGGGUGAUGGAGGCAGUCACUCUGUUUGAGAACCUGCAGUCCUUCAUGAGUCAGGCCUUGGACCAAGCUGUGACCACACAGGCCCUGUGGCACAGUCUCAGCAGCCGCAUGAGGGAUGUGCUGUGUACCCCUGCCCACCGACUCCUGCAGGACAGCCAGGACAUCCCUGUGGUGGUCACCCCACUACGGGCUGAGCGCGUGCUGCUCUUUGAUGAUGCCCUUGUUCUGCUACAGGGCCACAAUAGCCACACUUUUGACCUGAAGUUGGUGUGGGUAGAUCCUGGCCAAGACAAGUGUGUGCUUCGCAUCCUCACACCCGAAGAAGACUUCUCCUUUUGCACCAGAGACCCGGAGGGCCAGGUUGUCUGGCUGUGGAAAGUGACCCAUGCUGUGUGCCAGGCCCUGCGUGGCAAGAAGGACUUCCCUGUGCUGGGGUCAGGCUCAGAGUCAUCUGUACCUCCUGACUGCCGCUGUGUGGCCUAUACUUUCCGCCAUGAGGGCCGGCUCUACCAGGCUACCUAUGAGGGUGAUUGGUAUUGGGCCAAGCCCCAUGGCAAGGGAACCCUGAAGUGGCCAGAUGGUCGGAACCACGUGGGGGAUUUCUGCCAGGGCCUGGAGCAUGGCUUUGGCAUCUGCCUGGUGCCCCAGGCCUCUGAGGACAAGUUUGACUGUUACAAGUGCCACUGGAGGGAAGGCAGCAUGUGUGGCUAUGGCAUCUGUGAGUAUGGCACUAACGAGGUAUACAAGGGCUAUUUUCAGGCUGGCCUUCGGCAUGGAUUUGGUGUCCUUGACAGUGCCCCGCAGGCCUCCCAGUCCUUCAGGUACACGGGCCACUGGGAGAGAGGCCAGAGGAGUGGCUAUGGCGUUGAGGAUAACAAGGAGAGGGGUGAGCGCUACAUUGGCAUGUGGCAGGCUGACCAGCGUCAUGGCCCUGGGGUCGUGGUCACCCAGGCAGGUGUCUGCUAUCAAGGCACAUUCCAAGAGGACAAGAUGGCCGGCCCAGGCAUCCUACUGUGUGAGGAUGACUCUCUGUACGAGGGCACUUUCACCAGAGACCUGACACUCCUAGGGAAGAUCCCUAGUCUUACAACGGAGGGCAAGGUCACCUUCCCCAAUGGUUUCACCUUGGAUGGCUCCUUCAGCGGUGAGACAGAUAAAGGACUGUACACACAGGGAGUGCUGGACACAGCCGCCCUCCCGCCCAACCCAAGCAGCACACGCAAGAGACAGCUGGGGCUGGGUGCCUUCCCUGUGGAGAGCCACUGGCAAGGCGUCUACAGACCCUUCCAGGAUUUCGUGCGGUCAGGCUGUCCGGGGGAACUGCAGGAAGCCCUGCUGGGCUUCCACAUGCAGAGCUCCAGGGAGCUCCGUGAAUCCCAAGAGUACCUGUGCUGUGACAGGAGCCACCCCAAGGACUGUGCGGGCAGCAUGGAAGAUAUCCUGAAGGAGCUGCUGCAGUACCGCGAGCCCCAGGCCCUGCAGCAGUACCUCAGGAAGGCUCUGAGCAAUCCCCGACACCCCCUGGGGAAGUUACUCCGUACCCUGAUGCUGACCUUCCAGGCUACAUAUUCAGGCAUAGGAGCCAACAAACACCUACAGGGGAUGGCCCAGGAGGAGGUGAAGCAGCAUGCCCAGGAGCUUUGGGCUGCCUACAGAGGUCUGCUGAAGGUUGCCUUACAGCGCCAGGGCCAGACCCUGCAGGAGGAGGACGUGGAGACAAGGGACUUGCAGGUGCAUGGGCUGCUGCUGCCCCUCAUCUUGCCCAGCUUCUACUCAGAACUCUUCACACUCUACCUGCUUCUUCAUGAGAGAGAGGAUGGCUUGUACAGCCAGGGCAUCACCAGCCUCAGCCUGUUUUCCGACACAAAGCUGCUGGAGUUCCUGGAUGUGCAGAAUGCCCCCCCCCCAUGGCAUGUGCACGUCCCAGGUGCUUGGUUGGCCCUGCUGGGAUCUCUCACUCUCCUCCAAAGCCCAGGGCCCCUUUGUCACACAGCAGUGGAAGAUCACUUCCUUCAGGACCUUAUGGCUUCUCCUGGCCUCAGGCGGCACCUGUGGCCCCUCAAGGACCUCUGGCUAACGAGCAAUCAGAGAUAUUCUCUCGUCCGGGACAAGUGUUUCCUGUCAGCCACGGAGUGUCUGCAGAAGAUCAUCACCACAGUGGACCCUCGCGAGAAGUUGGAGGUGCUGGAGAAGACCUAUGGGGAAAUUGAGAGCACGGUGUCGCGGGUGCUGGGCCGGGAACACAAACUCCCCAUGGAUGACCUCCUGCCGCUGCUCAUCUACGUGGUGUCGCGAGCUCGAAUUCAGCAUCUGGGAGCUGAGAUCCACCUGAUCCGUGACAUGAUGGAGCCCAUCCACACAGGGGGCCUCCAUGACUUCCUGCUCACAGCCUUGGAGUCCUGUUACGAGCACAUCCAGAAGGAAGACGUGCGGCUGCACCACCUGCCUGGCCACUGGAACUCCAGGGAACUCUGGUGACUCUGGGCCAAGCGCAAAGCUAGGGGCCACAUGGCUGCCGUGGACUUUGGUGGAGCAAGCACUACCCACCUGCCCCCCAUUGCCUGGGCCAAGGCAGGCUGUGGAGAUGGUGUUUUGCUUCCUACAGGGACACGCUCAGCUGCUGCAGUGUGACCCCAUAGCUGAUAGCUCUCUGUUGGCCUCUGGUCUGGGCUUUGAUCAUCUUGUCCCUGGAUGUAGCCCCAUCUUGGGUGAGGAGCCCCAGCUUCACCCUGCCUCAGCCCUUGCUCAGUAGCCGUCAGUCUCCGGUCUGCGUGCCUAUGAUGGUGGAGAUGACUUCCAGCAUUCUGACAGGCCAGUUCACUGAGCGCUGCAGCCCUUCCCCAAGGUCUGGCUUCAUCCUGUUCUUUGGACUGAAAUGGAAAUUCUCACGUUACUGUUCAUCUCAUUUCUGUUUCUCUGAUCCUGGCUAGAAGGUCCUAAACUGCAGAAGGCUGUCUGUUCCGUUCCUUUUCCCAUGAGUCUCCAGGGCCUAGGGACCUGCCUCCUCCUCAGCUGGCCUCAGGAGGACCCUGUGGCCGGAACACCUCAGCUCUCUGCCAAGCUACCUAGUUGCCUCUGGCAGGCCCUGCUCUUGGCGAAGGCAUGGGACCUAGAUGUCAGCAGUCACUCACCUGGCCUCGCUUGCCAGCAGACUGCAGGUGACCCAUAAAUGACAUACCUGAGACACUGUGAUCUCUGUGGGAGGGACAGCAGGGAUAUUAGAGACUUGCUAGUGCCCUGACAUACGAACAUCUCUGACUCAGGACCAUGCGCAAGACUGGGCACAGUGCUGGGCUCUGGGUCAUUGUGUCUGGCUCCGGGAAUUCAGCCUGUGUGAGAAGAGCCAAGAGAGACAUUGAGAAAGGAAGGUACACACCCAAGGCCAGGGCUAAGGCCCCUGGGAGCAUCAGGGAACACUACUCAGGGAGGAUCACUUCAGAGCCUCUCAGAAAGUAUGAGCACUACUCAGGGAGGAUCACUUCAUAGCCUCUCAGAAAGUGUGAGCACUACUCAGGGAGGAUCACUUCAGAGCCUCUCAGAAAGUGUGAGCACUACUCAGGGAGGAUCACUUCAGAGCCUCUCGGGAAGUGUGAGCACUGUGUGAGUGUGAAGAGAGGCUGUUCUCCUUCACUGCCAUCUCUGACUGGAUCUACCACCAAAUGUUCCAGCAUGAACAUAGGACCUGGGCUUGAGUUCUACCAGGAACUUGUGUCCCCACGAAGGUCUUUGGAAAGGUCACAUUGAUGGAGGCCCCUCCCUCAAAGGCAGCCCCGAGUGCCUGUGACUCAGUCCAGCUGCUGACAAAACCCUGCCACCCACUCUUCUGCUUCCAACACUAACUGAACUUGGGCCUCUGGUUCUUGUGGAUCCACAGGGUUUUCACAGUGUCCUGGGAGGUUCCAGGAGCUGGCAGGGCUGUAGCAGACCCUUGAGACAAAAUCAACGUGUGAGGAGGAUGCAGGAGGAAAACUGACCGACAGUGCAAGUGGGUACCAGUCAGUCACCCACAUCUGGUGCAUCCAGAGGCUGGCGGGGCCAUCUCAGUGAUGGCCUGUCCCAGAUGGAUUCUUUUAUAGCCUUUAUAGCCUUUAACUGUCCAGCCUAGAACACCUCCUGGUUUUUGACACGUAAGCCAUGCAAGAGGACAGUCUUGGGAGUUCACGGUUGCUUGCUGUCAUCAGUACCCUUACUGCCAUAAGAGAAUCCAAUCCGCAGGCCAGAUGUCACUCCACCUCACUUCAUGACUUCCUAGAAAGUAGGCCUGGAGUCUGGAGGGAAGACUGAAAGAUGGGACAUGGUGUGGUUAGCGUCUCUUACAUCUAUGCCGGCCUUCUUCAUUUCCCCUUCUGCCUCAUAAUGGUUUGGGUUUUUGCUAACUGCCCCUCUGGGGGAUGGUCACAGUUACAGUCUACUUAUUCUGGAUUUUUAAUAAAUCCAUUUCAUCUUUG